AGUCAGUCCCUGGCUUCGAUACCGUACUACGAUCGGGUUUCAUUGGGAUACGUCUAUUCAAAAUGUCCGAAGUCGUUACUAUCACUCAACCCACCCAGCCCGAUAUUCAAUAUCAUCCCGAAUACGAGAAAUACCUCGCACGCGGCGAACGGCGCAAAGCAACCGAGACGCUUCCGAAGACCCUUCCAGCUGGAUUCCCUGCACAGCUAUCCUCUCCGCUGGUUUGGGAGGGUAAAGAUGUUGAGAAGCGAGAUGACUGGGCUUUCAAGCUGAAUGAUGCGCAGCGGGAGGAGAUCCAUGCUGCGUUGGAGCAUUUCAAAUCGCUCAACCUCAGUCUCGGACACAUCAACAAAGACACCUUCCCCCUACCAUCCCUCCGACCCGAGCUCCGCAGCCUCUCCAAGGAAAUCCACACCGGACGCGGAUUCUUCGUGCUACGAGGCCUCGACAUCGAUCGCUACUCUCGCGAAGACAACAUCAUCAUCUACAGCGGCGUCUCGUCCCAUGUCGGAAACAUCCGAGGCCGUCAGGAGGAUCAACGCUUCAGCAACGGCACCUCGGUGGUGAUCUCGCAUAUCAAGGACAUCUCGCGGGACCCGAACGCGGGCACAAUAGGGGCACCGUCCAACACCAACGACAAGCAGGUCUUCCACACCGAUGCGGGCGACAUCAUCUCAUUAUUGUGCCUCAGUCCCGCCGCGGAGGGCGGAGAAAGCCAGAUCUCCAGUAGCUGGUUUGUCUACAACGUUCUGGCCAAGGAAAGGCCCGAUCUGAUCCAUACCUUGUCCCAAGAUUGGCCUAUUGAUGGCUUCGGCAACCCGAACCGCCCGUAUACCACCCGUCCUUUGCUCUACCACCAGCCGGCGACCGGAUCGGCAGAGGAGCGCGUGCUGAUCCAGUACGCUCGUCGCUAUUUCACGGGGUUCCUGGCCCAGCCGCGUUCGACAGAUAUCCCGCCGAUCAGCGAGGCGCAGGCCGAGGCCCUGGACGCGCUGCACUUCCUGGCGGAGCGACACAGCGCGGCGUUGGACUUUCAAAAGGGGGACGUGCAGUACAUCAACAAUUUGAGCAUCUUCCAUGCUCGGAAGGGCUUCCGCGAUGGGCCCGGUAAGGAGUAAGUGGCUCUAGUCCCGGUGCCCCCUGAUGAUCCACGCGCUAAACUGACCGGGCAGACGCCAUCUUUUGCGGCUUUGGUUGCGGGACCCCGAGAAUGCGUGGGAGACGCCGGAGCAGCUGCGCGACCGGUGGGAUGGCGUGUAUAAGGACGUGAAGGAGGAGGA